AUGUGUCGUCAAUAUAUUAUUUCACAAACGAAAGAUUUAAAUAAAUGGACAUCAGAUAUAACACAUUGUAUUAUGGGGAGUGUUUGUUUUAUUACAAAACAUUUUUCUGAACUCUUUAAAUAUGAUGAAAUAUACUAUCAAUCGUUAUUACUUAUUAUGUCUUAUGAAAACUUUCAUAAAGCAUUAGUAUCAACAUGGACAAAUGACGAAACAAUUUUAAUUGAUACAAUUACUGAAUAUUUCUAUGAGAAUCUUGAUGAUAAUGAUGAAAAAAUGAGAAUUACAUUUGGUACUGCCAUUGAUAAACUUCAGAAAUUACAUGGAAAUAUUAAGAAUAAUUUAAUAAAAAUAAAUAUAUGUUAUUUAAUUCUUGUAUCAACACAUGAGGAAAGUCAUGUUUCUGAUGAAAUUAUAUUAGAAUUUUUUCAAUACAUUAAAAGUCAACGUCAAACGCCAUGGAAUGGAAAUUUCGACCAAAAAAAAGCGGAGAAAUUAUUACUAGCAUUUAAGAAAGCAUGUCAAUAUGAAUCAAUUAAAGAUGAAAUUAUUAGGCUAGAUAAGAUCAAUGAAUUAAUUGAUUUAAUUGAAUCUAAUUUUGAUAUUAUAUAUGAAAUUCUUGCGCUUCUAUGGACGAAACCAAGUGCUAAAAAAAUAUUAGAAACAAGUUAUAAGUUUAUGAACUAUAUUGAAUACCAAGUGGUGACAAAACGUAGGUAUUCUUUACAAAUUUUAAAACAAGACAACGAUUAUAUGAUUUCUUUAGAUCAGGUACAGUCCAAGGUUCGUGAUUAUUGCGAACUCGCAUCACCAAUGAAACUUCGUUCUUCCCUUAAGACGCAAGUUGUACUAAGCUGUAGCAAUACCGAGCUUGCCAAGCAUGUAAAAUAUCAUUUAGAAAAAGUUCAUCACAAUGUAUUAAUUUUAAACGAAUGCAAUAAUGAUAUGGAUAAAAAAAACCUAAUCUCAACAUGUGAAUGUAUGAUUGUUUGUUUAACUGAUGAUUACACUGAAUGUCAAUCAGAAUUAAUUCUUGCUUAUAAAAAUCAAGUAGAAAUUAUACCAGUUGUAAUUGAAAAUGAAAAGAAAUAUUGUCCAAAUGAACCUUUUUUGAAGUUUAUUCUUGAAAAAUAUUCAUCAUCAGUAAUUCAUAAAAAUAUUAAUGAGUUGGACGAUUCAUUAGCAAAUGAAAUUGAAAAUAUUGAAUAUACACAAAAACGUGCCUUAUUUAAUCCUGCCAGGGUAAACAACAACUGGAGCGAUCAAAUUCUACAACCAGUUGCAUAUACUUACACUGCUGAGGAUUUGUAUAAAUCAUGUAAAGAAAAUGACAUUAAUAAAGUGAAAGAAUAUCUUCAAAAUAUCAACAUUAAGAUUUUAAAUGAACGUUUAGAGAAUAGAAGCACCGCAUUGCAUAUCGCAUGUUACAAUGGUCAUAAUGAAAUUGUUCAAUUACUUCUUAAAGCAGGUGCAUCACGAUCUAUACGUAAUUGGCCACAUGAUUUAACAGCCUAUGAAGAAGCUCGAACACAAACUACAAAGGAUUUGUUUCGAAUGAAUUUAUAUGACAAUGAACAGAAGCGUUUUUUCGGUAAUGAUAUUUAUAUUGAAUGGACGACUAUUUCUCGAAAUCCUCACAGAAAACGAGAUUAUCUUCGAAAAAAGUUGCACCAAUUAUAUAUAUAUAGAAAUUAUGGGAUGUACGGCUUUUAUGGAGAACUGGUAGAACAUAUGUAUGCUUAUAUUGAUACAUUAACUCUUUCAAAGCAUAUCAAACAAAUUUUAAAACAAUAUUUCACACAAAUGGAAGAAACGCGCGAUCCAAUUUAUAUUAUCAAAGUCUAUACAAGUACAACUGGUUUUCAUAAAUAUUACAAUGAAUAUAUUGCUCAACAUGGUAUUGAUUUCUUUGAUCCAUUCAGUGUAGAUAUUCAUGUGGAUUAUGCUAUUAUUAAGUCGCUUAUGAAAACUAUUGCUAUAAUUAUGUAUGAUAAAACUUUUUCGAAAUAUCGAUAUUGUGGAAAAACAUAUCGUGGAAUGUUACUAACUCAAGAAAAUUUAGAAAAAUAUAUUGUGCAUUCAAAAAUAAUGAAUAAAUCAUUUUUAUCAACAUCAAAAUCCAAAGAAAUUGCGGAAGCAUUUAGUGGUUGUGAACAAGACAAAUUUCUUAGAAAAACACCUGAUAAACAAGCAAUUCACAUUUGUGUACUUUGUACUUAUACUAUUAAAAAUUCUGAAACGGCUUUAAAUAUUGAAACAAUAUCAGAACUAAUGUUGGAUGAAGAAGAAGUUUUAAUAUUACCAUUUUCAAUAUUUCAAGUUAAAAGCGUGCAAAAAUCAUUAACGAAUAUAGUUCAAAUUGAAUUAGAAGAAGUUUCUGACGAAUUACUUGACAAUUAUUAUUAA